UUGGUACUAUGUACAGGUUAUGUUCUAUUAUAUGUUUUGUGGGUUAUGUUUUUGAUUCCAUGAAAUAUUUAUAAGUGAAAACUUUUAAAGGGAUUAUAUAUUUAAUAAAUAUUCCACAAACAUGUCGGACAAGGGUUCACUGGCCAAGAAGAAAAAUUCAAAAUCGAAGGAAAUUGUUAAGCAAAAGUUACGUGAAAGAAAGAAGCAGGCAAAACAAGCUCUCAAGCUGAAAAAAGCGAGACUAGUGAUUAAGAACCUGCCUUUCAAAGCCACAAAAGAAAACUUGAAGGAAUAUUUUGAACAGUAUGGAGAGGUGGCCAAUGUGGACUUAUUGAAAAAGGAAAACGGCAAAUUAAAAGGUUGUGGGUUUAUUCAGUUCAAGUUAGUACAAAAAGCUGCAAAAGCAAGGCAUCAUUUGAAUGGCAAAGAAUUUAUGGGGAGAAAGGUAACUGUAGAUUUUGCCAAAGCAAUAGAUAAAUACAAAAAGGAAAUUAAAAAAGAAAAUAUACAAGAAAAUGGAGAGGAAAAGAAAGUAGAUAUAGAAAUUUUAAAAGAAGAACCUAUUGAUGUAGAUGAAUUUACAGAAGAAAAAAUUGAUCCAAUUGAAGGUUCAGAUAUUCAAGAGAAGUCUGAGAAUUCAAGUGAAGAUGAAAGUGAAAAAGAUGAAGAUGAAAGUGAAGAAGAUGAAGAAGAAGAUGAAAUAGUAAAUGAAAGUGAAGGUAAUGAACAGAAAGUACAUUUUGAAUCAAAUGAUGUGUCAGAAGGGAAAACAAUAUUUGUGAAAAAUGUACCCUUCCAAGCUACAAAUGAUGAUCUAAAGCAAUGCAUGUUGCAAUUUGGUCGUGUGUAUUAUGCAUUGAUUUGUGUAGAUAAAUUGACGGAACAUUCAAAGGGGACCGCUUUUGUAAAAUUUUUGAAUAAAGAAGAUGCUGAAAAAGCUUUAAAUGCUGGUACGGAAUUAACUUUACUAGGUAAUGUUUUAGAUUGCCACCCGGCAUUAGGCCGAAAUGAAGUACAGCAAAAAAUACAGAACAAGAAGGAAUUAAAGAAAGAACCAAAAGACUCUCGAAACUUAUAUCUUGUCAAGGAGGGAGUAAUUUUGGCAGGGACUAAAGCUGCUGAAAGUGUAUCUGCAAAUGACAUGGCCAAAAGGCUACAAAUAGAACAAUAUAAAACUCAAAUGUUACGAAAUCUAAAUAUGUUUGUGUCUAAAGACAGGCUGGUUGUUCAUAACAUACCUUCCGGUUGGGACGACAAGAAACUUCGAGCACUAUUCCAAAAAUAUGGUGGUCCGGGGACUGUUAUAAAAGAAGCUCGAGUUAUGCGAGAUAUGAAAAAUGUAGAUGCAAAAGGCAUAGGUACAUCUAAGAAUUACGGUUUUGUAGCUUUUACAAAGCAUGAAAAUGCUUUAGCUGCAUUGAGAAAUUUAAAUAACAAUCCCAAAAUAUUUUCACCAACAAAAAGGCCAAUUGUGACAUUUAGUAUAGAAAAUAAGAAAAUGAUCAAUGCAAGGGAAAAACGUUUGGAAAAAUCUAAAGCGAAUAAUCUCGGAAAGGAUAAAGUACAAAAAACGGAACAGAAGGAGAAAAAUACAUUUACUAAGAUAAGUAGAAAAAGGAAGUACAAUGAAACUCGAGAAGUGACGACAACUUCUGAAAAUGAAAUAAAUCCAUUCUCUGGAGUCGCUGCAAAACCUGGGACAAAACAGAAGAUGAGAAGUAGAUACAAGUUAUCGACACAGGCAAAAUUACAUUAUGAGAAUUUAAAGAAGGAAAAAAAGAAACAGAAAAACAGCAAGAAGACGUUGAAAGAGAAAAAGAAAGAUUUUAUAAAGCAACCGAAACAGAAGAUCAAUAAGAAUAGUGGUGAAAGGGAUAAUUUUUCGAAAUUAGUAAAUGAGUAUAAAAAUAAAUUGGUAAAUGCUGAAUCGUUUGCGAAGAAAACUAAGUGGUUUGAAUAAGAACAUUAAGGCAGGCUAGUCAUUCUAAAAAUGUAAUGUUUUCGACUGUAUGUAUGUAUGUAUUGAAGUUCUAUUUAAUUGUUAAGUAUCAUGAAAUAUA